AAAGACGACUUCGACCAUUAUAUUUCUAAGCACAAUGAAAUACCAAGUGAUUAUUUUUUUAAUUAGUCUCACAAGCGGUCAAUCAUUUCGAAUAAAACGAGAAGAUGAGGACAAUAGUUUUAAUCAGGUCAUGAGCAAUAGUAUAUUGUAUCAUUUCGGGAAAAAUAUUUCCGAUUUGUUGUUACUAGAUUCCAAUCAGCAGUCUCCCGUCAAUAGUCUUGCAUAUGUUGCACUCCAUUUUCAUUUUGUGUACGAUAACAAUCGAGAUCACUUCAACGAUUCAACUGAAUUUGAAGAAAAUGAUGAUGUUGACGAUUUUUCUCAAGAAACUACUGAAGUAAAUGAAGUGACAGAAAUUAGUGAGACCCUAGAUAUUCCAAAGAAUAGCACACCUUCCGGCGAAGUUCGUGCUCAUGAAGUAAUACUUGUUAAUCCAAAUUACCAUCCAUGGGUAUCUGCUCUUAUGUUAUUAGAUUCAAUUUUCGAGUUUCCCAAGAAUAUGCUUCAGAGUGCAAGUGGUUCUGUCACUGGUUUUCUGGGCAUCUCGAGUAAUUCUGCAAAUUAGCUGUUUAAAAAUGUUGAUAUUUAUAUUAGUUUAAUAUUCCAAGAAGCUUUAAACUUAGAAAAAAUGAUAUUAAUAAAAAAUAACGAUAAACAAUA